AUGGCGAAGCUCAUGCGAACGAAUCGGUCCACUGUUCUAGUAUUACGGAACAUGGUGAGCCCAGAUGAAAUCGAUGAGUAUCUUGAGGAGGAAAUCAAGGAGGAAUGUUCACAAUAUGGUGAUGUGCAAGAGGUGGUGAUAGCAAAUGAUCAAAAUGCCGGGAUAGUGAAAAUUUUUGUACGCUUUGCGGAUCCCAAACAGGUCGAUGCUGCACGAGCUGCUCUUGACAAGCGUUUCUUCGGUGGACAUACGGUCUCUGCAGAAGUCUACGACCAGGCAAUGUUUGAUCACAACGAUCUCAGCGGUUGA